CGGACUGCAGGAAGUAACUCGCUAAUUUGUUUUUCAUUCUCAAACGUCGUUGUUGUUAUCGUGCUUUUUUCUGCUGAUGAUCAAAUAAUUUCAUUUAGCGCCCAGAGCACAAAUCUAAGAUGAUAUUGUCGGUCUGAUAGCGUUAUUAAGAGUGUUUAUUGAGUAGACCGUGAGUAGAUCUUGAUCAUCUGAACACAUGAGUGUGUCUCUGGUUGUCAUCAGACUCGAGCUGUCCGAUCAGUCUGAUUCCCCGCACGGUUUUCAAUACUGCGCCGUAGCUGAGAUGUCAGAAGAUGACAUGAGAGAUAAAGGUCUGGCCUCUGCCAGAGCCACGCUGAGCGGUAAAACCGAUUUGGAGCGAGCAGCCGUUCUCCAUCAGCACCUGGGCAGCCGGGUCAUGAACGACAUGGUGAUCGAGACCUUUCAACCCAACGCAGGAGGCGUUGAAGGUCACGCAGAUGAUGCGAACGGAGAUCUCAAAGAUCAAACGGAUGCGAGCACGACUCCGGACUCGCCGUCCAAACAGCUGCCUGAUCAGAUCUCCUUUUUUAGCGGGAACCCGUCGGUGGAGAUCGUGCACGGGAUCAUGCAUCUCUACAAAACAAAUAAGAUGACAUCACUGACCGAGGACGUGAGGCGCAGCGCCAUGCUUUGUGUGCUCACUGUGCCAACCCCCAUGACCAGCCAUGACCUCAUGAAGUUUGUGGCGCCCUUCAAUGAUGUCAUGGAGCACAUGAAGAUCAUCCGAGACUCCACGCCCAACCAGUACAUGGUACUGAUCAAGUUCAGAAGUCAGGCUGACGCCGACAGUUUCUACACGACCUGCAACGGCCGUCAGUUUAACUCCAUUGAAGACGACGUCUGCCAGUUAGUUUAUGUGGAGAGGGCAGAAGUGAUCAAAUCUGAAGAGGGAGCCAGUUUACCCGUCAUGGAUCUGACCGAGCUGCCCAAGUGCACCGUGUGUCUGGAGCGGAUGGAUGAGUCGGUGAACGGUGUGUUGACCACCCUGUGUAACCACAGCUUUCACAGUCAGUGUCUGCAGAGAUGGGAAGAUGCCUCGUGUCCCGUGUGUAGAUAUUGUCAGACUCCUGAACCCGUGGAGGAGAACAAGUGUUUCGAGUGUGGAGUGCAGGAGAAUCUGUGGAUCUGUCUCAUCUGUGGACACAUCGGCUGCGGCCGCUACAUCAGCCGUCAUGCAUACAAGCACUUUGAGGAAACGCAGCACACUUACGCCAUGCAGCUGACCAAUCACAGGGUCUGGGACUACGCAGGAGAUAAUUAUGUUCACCGUCUUGUUGCCAGUAAAAGUGAUGGGAAGAUGGUGCAGUAUGAGUGUGAGGGCGACAGAUGCCAAGAUGAAAAGAUUGAUUCUCUGCAGCUCGAGUACUCAUAUUUACUGACCAGCCAACUGGAAUCUCAGCGCAUUUACUGGGAGAAUAAAAUCGUUCAUCUGGAGAAAGAUACAGCAGAGGAGAUCAACAACAUGAAGGCCAAAUUCAAAGAGACGAUCGAGAAGUGUGACAGCUUGGAGCGCAAACUCAACGAUCUCGCCAAAGAGAAGCAAUCCAUGGAGAAGAAAUGCUCGCAGCUAAACAACAAAAUCGUGAAGCUCAGUCAAGAGCUGAGGGAGGAGCAAGAGAUGAAUAGAUGCCUGAGAGACAAUCAGACGCAGCUUCAGGCGCAGCUGCAGGAGGAAGAGAAGCGGAGCCACGAGGGCACAGCCAAUAAAGACAGUCAGAUCGCCGAGCUGCAGGAGCAGCUGAGAGACGUCAUGUUCUACCUGGAGACGCAGCAGCAAAUCGACCGGAUGCCCGCAGAUGCCCGGCAAGAGAUCCAGGAGGGUCAGAUCAACAUCGCCUCGGCCCCCGCCGCCCCCCAGCCCGGACCCUCGGCGCACGGCGCGGGCAAACUCGGGGGCAGAAAAGGACGCUCCAAGAGGGGAAAGUAGGAGAAUUGCUGCUGUGCACGUCAUCGGAGGACUUUUGGUUUAGUAGUUUAUCUCAUGAUGCUUAAAGGCUGGAAGAAUGAGGGUUAAACACGCUUCAUCGUGUUUUAUCUACAGUCAAAGCUCUGAUAUAAUGUUAAGGUGAGGUGCUUAGAAAUGUAGCUCUACUUGUUUUAUAUGAAGACAAAGUUGCAGAAUUUUUUUUUCACAAUUCGUGUUCUCGGGAGUGACGGCCGAACUUUGACAAAGUUAAUGUUUGAUUUGCUUUGUUUGUAGAAAUGUUUAAAUGUUCAAAAUUAUUUCUUUUUUACGCCUCUGUCAAGUGAAACAACGUGCAGGUUACAUUUCACUCCAAAAUCUAAAAUUGCAUUUUUUUCUUGUUCUGGUCAUUUCAGACCAUCGUGACAUCGUUUUCAUGACAGAUAAGUUACCUUUAUACAUUUUUUAUCAUUUAAAUAAGCAUGCACAACAGAUAUAAUGUACAAAUAAUUGUAUAAUAGAAAAUACAAAUGAAUAAUAUAUAAUAGUAUAUAUUUUUUUUAAAGAAUGAACAUGUAACUACAAUACACUACAUUAAUGAGACUGAGGAAAGGGGUCAUUUUAAUUUGCUUUAUUUUGUAAUCUUUUGAUUUAGGGGUGAAAUGUUGAUCUGGAGUUAAAGGUUUUGUGAGAUUUACUCGAGUAGGAAACAGUAUUAUGGCUGCAGGUCACAGGUGUGGUAACUUAUAAUACAAUGGCUUCAUUAUCAGUAGAGAAAAGUCUCAAACCCUUCAUUUGACGUUUGCGUAUGAUGAUAUUUGUUAAAACAUUUACACCGCACAAAAUGAUGACUCUUUUGUCAUUUCCGUCGUUCUGACGCACCCCCUGUUUAUUUUAAGCGUGUAUUUCGUGCUUGUUCUUUGUGUGGUCCUUUUUUAGUGUCCACACCCCUCCUCGGUUAUGAAUGCGUGGGAUGUGUAUUAUGAACUGCAAUACAUGCAUUUCAAGUUAAAGGAUUUAACGUUACUGGAAAAUCAAUUGAUGUCAAACUGUCACUAGAGUGACGUGCACUCUCACGCUAUUUAUUGGACUGUUCUGACGAGGAAGUUAUUUCUGUGAACUGCUGGGAAAAGAACGAUAGUCUUAGCAUGUUUUUGACAUAUUUCUUCUUUUCAAUGCCAAAUUGUACUCGUCCACUGACACAUUUUUGGCCGCUGCUCUCUCGAAGUGGAUUGUGGGAUUGACAGACGUGCACCAUAUAAUGUAAAUAAGUUAAUCAUUCUUUUCCAUGGUUACAAAGUGAAUAUCUGUAUUGACAAAAAUAUAAAUUUUAAAUAAAUAUCAACACGGAACUGCCUUGCAAACGGAAAAAAUAUAAAUGGUAUCAGAAUAAAAGUUUGUUUACACAUAAUAUAUGUCUGUAUACU